AAAUGAACAAUGUAAAGAGUAAUUCUUAUAGCGACUAUACAUUAAAACCGACUGAUCUAACUCUGCAAAGAGAAAAUAAUGAAUAACUCAGAAACAUGUGGUUCGAUUUAAAAACAAAAAUUUUAUUUUUGGUUUUAGUUUUUCAAUCUCUAUUUAUCCAGAAAAUUUCAAGAGAAAAUAUCUAUUAAAAGAAUUGACAAUUUUACAAAACGAAAGUUACUAGACCUCUAAUUUGGACAGGAAAAACCUCCCCCACCCCCCUCCCCCGGGCGGGGCAUACUAUAUAAUGGAUAAAACCAGACUUCCUCAGAUCAAACCAGAAGUUGCCUAAUCAAAUGGCCAUCUACUAGUUUUUUUAAAUUGAAAUGUUGCUCUAAAAAAAAUCACUGAACAAUCAAAUAUCAAAAUAUUUCCGUUGAUACUCAAUAUAAACAUUAUUUCAAUAAAUAGGAUUUUCAGAGAAUUUAAUUCUUUAUUAUCAUUUCUCUUAAGGUAAUUCCCCAUACCACAUCUUAUCGCAAUUCACCUUUUAAUUAGAACUCUUUACCCGAUAUAGUAUUGCGUUGUGUGACGACACAAUUGAAUGAGACGAAUGAACAGUUUGAAUGACAUGUUUGAUGUAAUACAACAAGAGUUUUCAUUGGCUGAUUACAGCCCGCCCUCUUUCUUGAGCGCAUUCAGGUGAUCAGAUAAGAUGGACAGACUAGAAAAUUACUAGCUGGAGAACUGUAGCUCUCUGAAAAAUAUUUUGACGGAACAGAGAGCUACAGAUCCACCUCUUAUAAAAACCUUCGAUUUAAGGGGCACAAAAAGCUGCGCACGGUUGAGGCCUGACAUCGGUGUAUUCUUGUGUUGCUGUCUCAUAAAUUCAAUAUCAAAAAAUCUUAACAUAUUUUCCUACUAUACUUGUGUCCAAACAUACCUUCAAAUAUUCAUUAAAGCCACACACGACCCAAAAACUCGCAGCUUCUAAUGAUUUCGUUUGUUGACGUAACCAUGUUAGGUAGCCGGUUGCUAUUGGUAUCUAUUUAUAACAUUGGUUGUAAGUUAUGUAUUCGCUCUUCAUUUAUUAUCAACACGAAUAAUUAAUAGAAAUUAAAAAAUAGAGUUUUUGUAAAGGUAAAAUAAGCUCUUGAUUAACGAAAAUGCUACAUUAUGGUCCAUAACACUUGUGUGGCAGAGAUGGAGACCGGCCCAGACUAAUGAAAGCUGCAUUGCCGUGAGUUUAGCUAUUUGAAUAAUUAUCAUUUAAUAAUUGCGAUAAUAUUGAAAAACCUACAGAUUUCAAGCAAAAUUUGCAUAUAUUUUGUUGAGGAUGUAUAAUUGAUCAAAUUCCCGAAGAAAAAUAUGUUUAGCGGCCUUUCCCAGAGUAAUUAAGCCACUUCUAAAAAUAGAACACAUCACUUUAAAACAAGCAGUGUUAAUAUACAUACAUUUUAAGGCACUGUCUUUAUUUAAAUGAUAGAAAUAUGUUUCUUUUAUAUGAAUUGAAGAAAAUGUAUUGCAUUUGACUGUUUUCAAUAAUUUUUCAUCUACUGAACCAUAUGCUCUUGGUUUCAAAGUGAUAAAAAUGCACGUAUAGUAGUCAAAUUUUGACUAAUCAUAGCCUACCAUAUCCGAAAAAUUGUGCUUUCAAAAACCUACAGAUUUUUUAAACAUUUCAAUAUGUUUUACCUUUACACUCCAGCAAUCAUUUGACAUAAGAAGUAGAUAGGGUAUCGGAAUUUGAGAGCCCAAGUUAAAAACCUUGAAAAAAUGAAUAUUGGAAAAUGGUGUCUAAAAUUCCUAUCUCUGUAUAAACAUGUUUCAUUCAUCAUUUACAUUAUCAAUUUAUCAUUUCAAGAAAUAUUACAGGGUGGUUUUUGAAAAACAGUUUAAAACAUUAAAGCUUCAAAUAACUAUAAAAAACCACUUUCAUUGAUUUAAAAAAAAAAAAUUGGGGGAAAUUCGAAUGUUUUAAAACACCCGAAUUCUGCAUUCCUCGUCCACUUGGUAAUUUUUAGUUCCUGCUAGUUUUUAACAAUACAAUACAGCCAUGCGAUGUGAGUGUUAACGACAUGUAACUACCGCAUAUAUUCCGAGACGUUUUAAUAAAAACAUAAGUGAAGGUCAUGUCCAGCCAGAAAAGUGUUUUAUUUAAAAGAAAAUUACAUUAUACAACACCCAUGAUCCAUAUACUGUACGUACAAGCUAGAACACAAACUUCCGACACGUUGGCCUGGAGAUAGACCCUGAAAUCAUUAGACACAACAGAGAUAUGCACAUACAUGUACAUGUAUAUAUAUAAUAAUUAUAUGCACAUUUAUUAUGGAUUCGGAGGGCAUCGAAAGCGAUUUUUGUCAUGUAAAUAAAUAUAAAAAUUUUGCAAUGGGGUUACAAUGUCAUAUAGCUUUAGAUUAUGCAUAUAUUUUAUUUAGAUCAUGACAACAUCUAUCGUAUUCUGUCAGAUUUAAAUAAAUUAUAAGGAAAACACAACAAAAAUAUGUAACUGUCAGUACAUGUAGCACACAAAAAUUUGCAUUUUGUUGUAUAGGAGAUUCGAUAGAUUCUACCCAUCAUUAAUGAUCAGAAAUCACACAAAAGAAAUGGCCUACAAUAGAUACAUUGAAAGUUGGCAACAUGAUUUAAUAUCAUAAUCUGUAAUAUUUGCAGAAAUCUCACGGGAAUUACUAAACGACUGUGUGUCAUAACGCAAUGUGUAUGGAGAGUUUUUGACUUUGCGAUGCAUAUAACUAUAAGCAUUUUCUCUCCCGAGCGUUGUUUUGUAUAGAACCGGCUUGUUUGUAUUAUUGCGAUUCGUAUGUUGUUGUUUUUUAAUUCUAAAUUUUUGUUGUUUGCUUUCAAACAAUUAGGCCUAAUGCGGUUGACAAAAUUCACCAAAAUGCCAUCGGGUUCAUUGAAUGUGUGAUAACAUUUGUGACCCGUGAAUAACGUUAAUUACGUUAUUUGAUGUGGUAUGGGGAAUUACCUUUUGGUACAUGGUUUAAAAAUUGCUAGAGUAGGAACACUCCCCACACCAACAGAAAAAUGGAAAUAUUCAUUAUAAAUUAAAAUGUAAGGUACAUAAAUGUUAUUUUACUUUAAUAGAAAAAUGUAUGCAAAAGGUCUGAAACCUUUUAAUUUGUUUUUGAAAUAUUCUCCAAAUGAAACUAGUACUUAUUGUAACAGUCCCCAAACAGAUGUUCCCCAAACAUUACCCCAUUCAGCAAGUGGUGUCAUUUGUUUCAGUACAAGUGGCUUUUAACCAUAUCAAUCUGUGAAGCGUCUUUAGACUCUUAAUUCUCAUGGAGCUCCUUAUUUGAAGAGCCGGUCCCUUUUCCUUCAUAUUAAAAGAAAGGCCUCGUGUUUUCAAACAUUUUUUAAUUAAUAAAUAUUCAAUUUUUUUUUACCGUUUUCGAGUUAUUAAAAAAAUUAUUUUAUAGGGGCCGACCUUGUAACUCCCUAAUGGGACCGUUUAACAAAAACAAUGAAAAGUGCAAUUGUUAAGAACAUUAUUCUGAACAACUUUUCUUAAAUAAUACUUCACAAAAUAUACUUGCAUGUCCUUUUCAAGAUAUAGAUGUCUCCAUAUGAGUGAAAAAUUCUUGAGAGGGACGUUAAACCAUAUACAAUCAAUAAUUUUCAAGAUAUAAGAAAUCAAAAAUUAUGGUUUUGGCCCUUUAAACACCUAAUUACGUAAUAUAUGGCCUAAAUUAUGACAUGUUUAGAUGAAGAUCGUUAUGAUGAACAGUUUUGCCUCUGUGACUUAGGCCCAAAAAAAAUUAUGUUGGUUUCCUCUUUCCCUACCGACUCUAAAAAUUUCUGUCGAUCGACCCUAACACAUUUUUUCCCCAUAAUUCUCACAGAUAUGGCAAAUGUCAUCACUACAACAAGAGUAUAUUUAUUGACUUAUCAAGUUAUCUAUUAUGCACAUACUUCUAAAACACAGAAACAGUUUUUGUUUACAGUACAUGAGUGGAAGAACUGUUUUGAUUCAUCAUAUAACUUUUAUUUGAUUACUAUAUUAUCUGUAUAGAAUCUACAUGUAUAUAUGUAUAUAUCACUAAAUUUUAUGCAUAGUAGAAUACUGAAUCAUUAAAAAACAAGAGGUACUGUGAGCAAUGCUCACUAAGAAUACCCCCCGCUUACCCCAAUCUCCCAAAGGGUGUUGGUAAUAGGUAUAAACUACCUCUUUUCUGAGUGUAAAAAACAAAUGGCAUGACAAACCGAACCAUAUUGCUACUUCGAUGUCCAGUGCGCGUGACCUUUGACCUUUUGACCCCAAAAUCGAUAGGGAACAUCUUCAUCCCAUGGGUAGUCCAUAUGUAUGAUAUGGUGACUGUAGGUGGAAAGGAUAACGCUUUAGAGCCCGGAAACCAUAUUGCUACUUCGAUGUCCAGUGUGCUUGACCUUUGACCUUUUGACCCCAAAAUCAAUAGGGAACAUCUUCAUCCCAUGGGUAGUCCAUAUGUAUGAUAUGGUGACGGUAGGUGGAAAGGAUAACGCUUUAGAGCCCGGAAACCAUAUUGCUACUUCCAUGUCCAGUGCGCUUGACCUUUGAUCUUUUGACCCCAAAAUCGAUAGGGAACAUCUUCAUCCCAUGGGUAGUCCAUAUGUAUGAUAUGGUGACUGUAGGUGGAAAGGAUAACGCUUUAAAGCCCGGAAACCAUAUCGCUACUUCGAUGUCCAGUGGGCUUGACCUUUGACCUUUUGACCCCAAAAUCGAUAGGGAACAUCUUCAUCCCAUGGGUAGUCCAUACAUAUGAUAUGGUGAUGGUAGGUGGAAAGGAUAAUGCUUUAGAGUCAGGAAACCAUUGCGUCUACAGACGGACGGACGAACAGACAGACGGACAACCCAAUUCCAGUAUACCCCUACUUGUUGCGGGGGGUAUAAUGAUUCAACCCCCAAAAAACCACUUAAAUUUUUUUUAGAUGAAAGUGGAAACCAACAUAUAUAUAUAUUAUAUAUAUUUUGGCCUUAUAACAAAAUAUAAAUAGCUCAGGAGAUAUACUACUUUAGACUGAGAUCUUCUGGAACCUUAUUUGGAGGGCCAGCCCCUUUUUCUUAAUAUCAAAAGAAAGGUCUUGAGUUUUGAAACAUUUUUAUUCAUUAAGUAUUCAGAAUUUUUUUUACUGUUUUCGAGUUAUCUAAAGAAGUAUUUUAUAGGGGCCAACCCUGGAAGUCCAUAAUGGGAGCAUUAAAUUUAGCGAAGAAAUAAAAAGUGUCAAUUGUUGAAAUUAUCAUUCUGAACAACUUUUGUUCAUGCAAUUAUGCUUUUCAAAAUAUUUGUUGUUUUCAAGCUAGAGGAGUCGAAAGAUGACUCUUUUUGGCCCCUUAAAUCCCUAAUUACGUAACAUGUUAUAAAAAAAAUGAUAUGUGUAAAUCCCUAAUUACGUAACAUGUUACCAAAACAAUGAUAUGUGUAGAUAGUGAUUGUCAUCAUGAACAUUUUAUGUUCUAAGAUAGUUCACAAAAUGUUGAUAGUUUAAAUUGAUUGAGAUUUGAGCCCCUCUACAUCCCUUUUUUGAGGGGCCAGCCUUUUUUAAUUCAUAUAUGAACAGAAAGCUCUUUGAAAACUGCACUCUUUUGGUUCUAUACGUCUUAAAAUUUUCGCAUCCAUUUUUUAAGCUCCAGGCAAGCGUUUAGGCAAAUCACUUCUGGUCAAAUCGAAGGCCUGACAAAACAUGACGUAGACUCUAUCUUGUCUCAAAAUUUCAAGAAUCUAGCUUUGAUAGUUACAGAGGAGAUAGUGGACAAGAAGGGCUUCCAAACAUUCACUAAAAGGUAGGGCUGUGUGGUGAACCACGAUUCAUACCAUUCGAUUCGAUGCACCGAUUACAAAUUCUGGAUUUCAGUUCCGUUUAGAUUUUACAUACACCAAAAACAACAAAUAUGGCGUCUAAGUGAUGUGCAGAACAUGUGGAUUUUUAUGCAACAGAGAUUUAAAUUACUACUGUGCUGAUCGAGAUUUAGCAUUUUCACCACUCAGAUACCAACAGAAUAUAUGGUCCGCAAGAUCAUUGCAGUUUAUCUUUACAUGUCAUAUAACAUUUCUUUCAGUGCUAGGGUGAAAUCAACAUCGUAAAUGAUGACACAGAUUAAAUAUUUAGACAGUUAAGAUAAUUUUUAAAUAUAAGAGAGAAGUAAUCAAUAAAGGACAGAUUUUCAAAGACUCUCAAUUCAUAGAAUUGUUGAAUUUUGACAUAUAAAUAAGAACAAUAUCACAUACAUUUUAGACUGCCAAUAGCUUUGUUUAAUAAUCCAAAAGUUAUGCUGCACAUUUAAUACAACAAAUUUUAAUAGACUGUUAAUGUCUUCAUUUUUCUAUCAAAGUUAUAAUAUGCAGUUAUAAAUAGAUACUAUGUUUACAAAUUACGACAUAUAGUACAUAUAGUUAUACAAAACUUGAAUAAAAUAAAAUAAAGUAUAUGCUACUCAUUAAAAUUGUUAAUUUUUGUGCUUUCAUUAGAUAAAUUGGACCUAACAUGAACCGAAUCGAGCUAACCCUGAAUCGUCCCAGCCCUACUAAAAGGGAUCACUCCCAACCGGAAGUGACGAUUCACUUGGUAUGCAAAGUCUCUUCACCAAAAGACAUCUUUUUUGAAAUUUUCAAGAAAACCGAUGGAGAAAUAAAUGGUUGAGAAAAUCAAGGGGAUUACUAAGGAAAAUAAUAACAAGAGAUGUUUGUAAAACAUAUAUGCCCCCAAUGGUGCAAAAUUGAAAAGGGUUAUACACAUGCAUUGCAUCAUUUAAUUGAUAUAGUAGUAUCACCAAUUCAAAAUAUUGAGCAGACAAUAUCUUCCUAUGUCAGGAGUCGAUUAACCAUGUGACCUAAAAAUCAAUAGGGGUCAUCUACUCCUUAUGCUGUACUAGUGUGCCAAGUUUGGUGUCACUAAAGCAAAUAAUUCUUAAAAUAUAGGAGACAAUAUAUUACUAUGUCUAGUUUGACCCUUGAUCUUUGACCAUGUGAUCUCAAAAUCAAUAGGGGUCAUCUUCUCCUGAAGAUAUACCAGUGUACCAAGUUUGAUGUCUGUCAAGCAAAGGGUUCUCAAGAUAUUGAGCGAACAUUGUCUUCCUAUGUCCAGUUUGACCCUUGACCUUUCACCAUGUGACCUCAAAAUCAAGAGGGAGUCAUCUUCUCCUUCAAUCGGAUCACGCGCUCGUCUUUUUCCGUAACCGGUAAGAAGACUCGGACGUGGAUCGGCGCAAGAAUUGCAUCAAAUCGAUGCAUUUCUUCGCCGGAAGCGCGCCCGUGGAUGAGAGUGAAAAGGCUAGAACCGAAUCCCUGAAUAAUAUGUUAUUUAUAUUUUCACCACAGAUUCAGUUUUGGUAUCAUUAACGUCUUAUUCACUCUAAUACAUAACAUGUAAGUGGAAAUUGAUAGUGGUACAAUACCUUAGAUGUGUAUAAUAUCUUAGAUGUAUUUGAAAGUUCACGUUUCAUAGUGUAACGUACGACUGUGACGUCAAAGUUACGUUUAUGUAUACGUAAAAACCAACUCUGAUGGUGUCGAUCCACAU